CGUGCGGUGCAUCCGGGUAAGCUGCCUGUCCGGCGGAGAGCAAUGUCUGCCGAGGAGACGCGUCAGGUGAACGGCUUGUUUUACGCCGGGAAAACAUCUCUGGAAAACCUGGAUUCACUGAGUUCCUGAGCAGCAGCGCUAGUUGUGGCAAUUUAAACGGACUUGUCAAACUCCCGUCAGUAGUUCAUCUCCAUGGAUUCUGUUUUUACAUGUGUUGCUUCACCUAAAGGAACCACAUGAAACCCGGAACCCAGCUGUUAUGGAGAUUAAACCGGACUCCAACUCUUCAGACUUCAACUCCAACAUCAACAGCAGCACCAUGGCACCCGAAGUGGACUGCCCGCAUAACAGCGUUCCUUCGAACCCCAUCAUUGCGAGCCUCACGAUGACUCUAGGCAUCCUGUUCAACGUGGUGGCCCUCAUCAUUCUCAUCAAGGCCUACACCCGCUUCCGCCGGCGGUCCAAGGCGACCUUCCUGCUCUUCGCCAGCUCCCUCGUGGUCACGGACCUCACGGGACACGUGGUCUCCGGGGGACUGGUGCUGAGGAGAUACACUACGGCCAAUCUGACGUCCCUGGAUGGUCCGAGAGAUCCAGACAGCCCUUGUCAGUUUCUGGGAGGGUGCCUGGUGUUCUUCGGGCUGUGCCCGCUCUUCCUGGGCUGUGCGAUGGCUGCAGAGCGAUGCCUCGGCGUCACCAAACCUCUGCUGCACGCCCGGCUGGUGACAACAGCGCGGACCAAAAUAGCCCUGUCUAUGAUCUGGUUCUUGGCUCUAUGCGUGGCCCUGCUGCCCGUUUUCCAACUAGGGGACUACACUUACCAGUACCCGGGUACUUGGUGCUUUAUUAAAGUGAUGGACACAAAUGCCAAAGAUCUGACCUUUGUGACGCUGUUCUCUGGACUGGCUUUGAGCUCUCUUGCACUGGCCUUUAUCUGCAACACCAUCAGUGGGAUGACGCUCAUUAGAGCGCGGCUAAAGAAGAAUUCCUAUUCCCAGAGGUUCUCUGCUAGAUCUCAUGACACUGAGAUGGUGGUCCAGCUGGUUGGCAUCAUGGUCACCUCCUGCAUCUGCUGGAGCCCUCUGCUGGUCUUUUCGUUGAUGUCAGCCGCGCGCUCCUACAGCGAAUCCCACCUGGGCGAGGAAGUCACCUGCACUUACAGCAAACUCAUGAUGACUGGAGUCAGAAUGGCCACCUGGAAUCAGAUCUUGGACCCCUGGGUCUACAUCCUGCUGAGACGGGCCAUCCUCCGAAAAAUCUACCGCAUAACCAAAAAGCAGGCCAGCUUCAAGGGGAGCACCUUCCGCUCCGUCCGCUGGGAUGUUGGCUCCCUCCAGAAGCCGGACAGUAUGCCGGUGAAAAAGACUUAACAGGAGACUAAUGAAACGGCCAUAAAGUCUGCCUGUCAUGGUUUCUCUGUGUACCAAAAAAUGGCUAAAAUACAUAGGUUUUCUAUGUAUGAGCAAAUAUACCACGGCAGAUGGUUUCCGUGAUAUAAACUUUGAGUUGUGACUGAGUUUCCUGUCUUCGUAAACAGGAAAGACAGAGCUUCUCGAUUCAAUGUGCCGAAGUGCAAUGUUCAACAAACAAAGAAGAUUUCUAAAGAUUUGAACACGAGACCACCAGAGUUGGUAUUUCCAGUAGCUCAGAUGGAGAAGAUAAAAAUCCCCUGCGUCGGUAUUACUACCUAUAAAUGGUUGGCUAAUGAAGAUCCCUUCCAGAAACAGAAAGUGAUGUCACCAAGACAUCUCUCACAUUGGCUGUGUUGUAACUCACUAGCAAUGAUGCUGGUUGUAGUGGCGAUUGUUUGUCAAACCAAACAUCCAAUAAAAGUUCCAUCAGCCACUAUGA